UCAAACGUGUCUGCGCAUGCGCAAAUGGUCUUCUUAGCCGAGCGUCCAAAAUCUGUCAGAUCAGCGGAGCGUUUUUGGAUUACUACCUUCACUUGUUUUACUUACGGACUUUUCUUCAAGUACUUGUCGACCUUCCCCACGAAUAAAGCGCUUCAGUGGGUGGAUAUUGCGCCCUCAAGUUUGGAAAUCUAACAAAAUGACGAGCAGUGCAAAGAGGAAAGAAGACAGUCAUUUGGCGAAUGGAGGUGUAAAACAGUCCACAUGGACCAAAGCCCUCAGCAGUAACGCCGUUUGGGAAGAGAAGGAUGAAUUUUUAGAUGUCGUCUACUGGCUUCGUCAAAUUAUUGCUGUAAUACUUGGUGUCAUAUGGGGCAUUGCACCAUUAAAAGGAUUUUUGGGAAUAGCGAUAUUCUGCAUUAUAAAUGCUGGGGUUCUGUAUGUAUACUUCAGCAGCUUUCAACAGAUUGAUGAGGAAGAAUAUGGAGGCACAUGGGAACUCACUAAAGAAGGAUUCAUGACAUCUUUUGCUCUUUUUCUGGUGGUGUGGAUAAUCUUUUACACAGCACUACAUUUUGACUAACUUCUUCUGUGGACAUUAAUAUUAUUCUUGGUCAUGCUGAACCUCUGUGGCUAAUGAGGGAAGUGCAUUAUGUCAUCACAAUGUGCAGUGCAUCAUGGGAACUAUGGUUGAAAGAAACUGUCCAGAUUGCCAUCCUCUAAUCAUACAUUUUGUCAAUGGUUUUGUAUCUCUUGAAAGACAUCUUCCAUUACAUUUUCUGUAUAUUUGAUUUCCUUUCCCACACCAAAGUUGCCAUGACUGUAUGAACAAAUAGUCUACAUUUUUAAGCAUAAGUGAUCCAGAAAUUGAUGAACAACUUUGGUAACAAAUGGUUUAAUGACAUUUGAGUAAUAAAUUGAACUUGAGGACUAGCCUUUGAUUUAGUGCACUGUUCAUCUAAGCAACAGGGAAGGAAAUAUGCAAUACAUUUUCCCGAACCACACAAUGCUUCCGUGUGUGAAAAUACAGUGCAGAGGUUUUAAUAUUAAAAGCUGUUUGAGUAAUUUGGGUAGAUUUGUUUUUCAGUAGCAGAUCACACUGCAUUAAAAGUCUUACAUUAUCUUAAACCUUUUAAUUUAAACUUGUUUGUAAAUAAAUACAAUUUGUAAAUUCAUCUAGUAUUACACAGAUUUGUUUGUACUGAUGUUAUAUCUUAUUUGAUGUAACAUUUCUCAGUAAGUAUUUUAUAGUGAAGAACAUUAUAAGGUCAUCGUAUUGAAGCUCUCACUGUUGAUAUUUAAAAGGACUGCAUUUUCUGAUCAACUCUUUUAAAAGUCAAUAAAUGAGGGGGAGUUAUUUGACCUCCAUUUUAAAUUAC